AUGAACUUCCCAUCGCGUGUACUGUCAACCAACGUUCACGAACUCCUCUUCGCCGACGACUGCGCCUUGAACACCACCUCGGAAGCGGAGAUGCAGCGGAGCAUGGACCUAUUCUCCGCCGCCUGCGAGAACUUCAGUCUGAUCAUUAACACGCAGAAGACAGUGGUGAUGCACCAACCGCCACCCAACUCAGCCACAGCCCCCAACGCGCCGCCGCCAAUCAGCGUGAAUGGGACUUAACUGCAAGUGGUGGAGAACUUCGCAUACCUGGGCAGUACGUUCUCCCGGAACACCAAGAUCGAUGACGAAGUCGCCAACAGAAUCGCGAAAGCCAGUCAAGCCUUCGGUCACCUCCAAAGCACAGUUUGGAAUCGUCAUGGUCUCCAACUGAGCACGAAGCUGAAGAUGUACAAGGCCGUCAUCCUGCCGACGCUAAUUUACGGAGCUGAGACGUGGACGGUGUACACGAGGCAGGCACGCCGACUGAACCACUUCCACCUCUGUUGUCUCCGCCGCAUCCUGAGGCUGAACUGGCAGGAUCGAAUCCCCAUCCUCGCUCCACCGUCACACGCUGCGACCACCACCACCGCCACCAAAACCACUGCUUCCUCUACAGCUGACACCGAUACCGCCAACCUCUCAUGCCCACAUUGUCCACGCACCUUCACCUCACACAUCGGCCUGGUCGGUCACUUGCGAAUCCAUCGCACAGAGACUGGCGAACCAGAGCCUGGAGCACCAACCUACACCCACCGCACUCGCCUCCACUGCCCACAUUGCCCUCGCACCUUCACGCAUCGCAUGGGUCUAUUCGGUCACAUGCGCAUCCACGACGACCUGCGGUAG